AUGGCGCACCAAGCCCACAAUAUCCCGUGGAGCCUUCUAACCUCGAAUCUUUACUGGAACACUCAUUCUCGUGGUGCCUAUAGCUUCACGAACCUCCGUCCGAGGAUGAAACCUAACCAAGGCAAAGAGCUCACUUAUUUCAUCAAAGCGUUCACACGAACCAUCGACGAGCAUUCGGUAUGCGAGCGCAACAAAUAUCCUUCUACAUAUGAUCCGGCAGAUCCAGCAGAUGUUAUUCUGGACGCAGUCACUGUUCAGAAAAUCACCCCUACUGUGCGCAGAUGGCGUAGUUAUGGCUUCGAAGGCAGAUGUCCUAGUGGCAUCUGCCUAGUAGCUCAGUACAAAGAAGAGUGUCAAUGCGUUCCUAUUCCGGAUGAAGAGAAACGGGUGUCUGCGUUCAUCCGACAUUCUGGUUAUUCUAGACAAUGCUACCAAUUCUUCAUUGAGAACUCGAAGGCGUUCUUUAAUGUCGAAGUGAUGAAAACUCUGCUGUUACACGGGGAGAUGGACGCUAUUCUGCGCGCGUGUGCUCUCCCUGGAGUGUGUCUGGAGCAAUGGUGGCGUGACUCUCAAUGUCAGUGCUUGGACCCUGAUCUCGGAUGGGACCAAGUAUGUAUUAAGGCCCUUAGGGCCUAUAUAUGUCUGAACACGAUUUACUGCAAACCAGAGAUAUGGGACGACGCUUCCGGGAGAACCCAGGAAACCGAUUACCGAAACAGCAAGUUCUACCAGUUUACACUGAGAACAUGCACAGGCACGGGCCAAACAUCAGAUGUGAGCACAUAUCCUCAUCGGCAAUUCUUUGGGAUAUACGACGACCAAUUUAGGGGCGAGUACCUUGCGCCUCGCAUUAGAAAGAGUCAUUGGCUCUGUUGGGCAGAUAUCAAACAUCACGAUGCCCCAGAUUAUAGCAGUCGUCGGGCUAAUCAUUAUGGGAGGGUGCCCAUCAACGAAUUUCUCGUUUUGGAGAAUGUAAAUCUGGAUGGUCACCGGCCAGGUCGAGCUGACGUCGCACUUGUUCAGGACUACUUGUAUCGAAUAGGUCUUCCGCCGGAGUUGGUGUUGUACGUCAUGGAGCUCGCUGGUUAUGAGCCUUUGGGGAGAUUGAGCGAGCCACAUGAUCCCUUCCACCCAUCAAACCAUGAGGAACUGGGUCGAUAUCUCACCUAUUGCUGGCGAGUGCUAGUCAACUGUGAUAUGAUGGCCAAGGCACUCGGAAUGGAACUUCCAUGGGAAGAACUACUCGGCGACUGUAUCGUUGACUUCUGGGCUGAUGACAUUUGUGGGCGUGGAAAAUUCUUUUGGCAGCCAGUGAACGAAAAUUAUGACAUACUGCCCAAAGUUUUUCUCAAGCCUUGA